UUUUAUUUUUCUCAAUGAAUUUGGGAGGGGUAGAAUGCGUGUGUACGUCCUAUUCCGGAUAUAAAGUUUAUUUUAUUGUUAUCAAUUCGAAUAAAGUGUUACACUAACAAUGUGUGUGCUAUAAACGUUAAGUGUUGUGUUUACAAUCGCUCGCUCAUCAAUCGUUUCUAUGCGAGUGUCGAUAAUCAUGCAAAAUGGCCAACGAUAUGUGGUCAUGUACCUGUUGUACGGAGGCUCUGACUUGUUGGCUGCGUCUCAAGCUGUCUCCCGAGGAGAUAGAGCAGAGGUACAGGAGCAAAGAGAUCGAUAGAAUACUGGAGAAGGACAAACAAACGCUGCGGCGGCAGGUCAAACUUUUGCUGCUCGGUGCGGGAGAAAGCGGAAAAUCGACAUUCCUGAAGCAGAUGAGGAUCAUACACAAAGUGAAGUUCGAGCCCGAGUUGGUGCGCGAGUUCCAGCAUGUGAUAUACCAGAACAUUGUGAAGGGGAUACAGGUGUUAGUGGACGCGAGGGAUAAGCUCGCGAUUCCUUGGGAAAAUCCCAGGAAUCUGGACAUUGGGCAGCAGGCGUUACACUUUAACAGUACAGCGUCACUGGACAACCGACUGUUCAUGCAUUAUGCGCCUCAUAUACACUCGUUGUGGUUAGACAGGGCCAUAAAGAGGGCCUAUGACAGGCGGAGAGAAUUUCAAUUGAGUGACUCAGUGAGCUACUUCUUCGGUGAGCUGGAGCGCAUAGCGCGGCCUGACUACGUGCCCUCGCACCAGGACAUCCUGCACUGUCGGAAAGCCACAAAGGGCAUUACGGAGUGCACCAUCAACAUCAACAAUGUGCCAUUCGUCUUCGUCGAUGUCGGCGGGCAACGGACGCAGAGGCAGAAAUGGACGCAGUGCUUCGACUCUGUCACGUCUAUAUUGUUUCUAGUGUCGUCGUCGGAGUUCGACCAAGUUUUGUCAGAAGAUAGGAAAACGAAUCGUCUCGAGGAGGCGCUGAACAUUUUCGACACGAUCGUGAACAACGUCAACUUCAAGGGCAUCUCCGUCAUACUGUUCCUCAACAAGUCCGACUUGUUGGCGAAGAAGGUCGCCAGCAGUGAGACGGACAUCCGCUGGUACUACCCCCAGUUCACAGGCGACCCCCACAACUUGAGGGACGUGCAAAUGUACUUGCUCAACAUGUUUGCCAAUGUCCGGAGGGAACCAAAGACAACACUGUACCACCAUUUCACCACAGCCAUAGACACGCACAAUAUAGAGGUCGUGUUCAACUCGGUCAAGGACACGAUUCUGAACCGCAAUCUCGAAUCUCUGAUGCUACAGUGACAUACGUCAGAAUGGACUUGUAAUGAUUGUGAUAACUUCUGGCAAUAUUGCAUCGUUUCUACAGUCUGAUCUGAGGCCUUAGCCGUGUGGUUCGUCGAUUCUCAUUCUACAAACGCUAACGCUUCGAAACUAACAAAGUGAAAACGCAUACAUUUUUUUUAAUUUUUAAAGCGUUAGCGUUUGUAGAAAGAGAUUCGACGUGCCAUAUGUCUACAGGCAUUCUACUACGAGUAGGUGAUUUUCGCUCUGUUGUAAUUUCUGUCUGCAUAAUAUGAAAGCACAUUUUGAAAGACAAGGAAAUGUGAUUUUUUUGUUUAUAGUCUUAUCGUCGGCCUACUCUCUGUAGAGUUUUGUAACUGUAAUGAUCUGAGAGGUGGCGGAUAAUUUUGGAGUAGUGCUUGUUAAUAGCUUGUAAAGUAAAGUAUUCACUUUAGAUUGGAAUGUUUUGCGAUUCUUAUGUUAUGUAUAUGCAUAAUAGAUUCGUAAACUUUAGAGACGGUAGCUAUUAGUAAUUAGUUGAAGAAAUGUUAGAGCAUGAGAUUUAAAAGAACUAGACAUGACUAUCUGUAUUUAAGAGGAUCCAAGUAAGUUAAUUACUGGUUUUUUUAAUUUGUUUCUUUCGAGUUAUACCGAUGUAACUUAAUCUCAAAAAUUUUUGAUCAAAGCAAAACAUUUUUAAUAAACACCAUAUUAAAAACUAUAUUACCGUUACUAGAUUUUUAAAAUAAAUGAGACAGGGGAACUAUUAAUGGAAGUAUUACUUUCAAGUAAUACUUCCAUUAAUAGUUUCUCAAGCACGGCGACAAAAUUUUCCGCUUUCUCUUCUAUUGAAAAUGACUCGAUGCGUUCACCAAGCGACUGUUCGGUGAUCUAUGUAUAGUAUUGUCUAUUGUAAUGAUUUUGUAUAUCAGUUUAUUUGUGACCAAAAAUGUAGAUUUUGCACUCGAAAUAAAUAUAAUUAUCUGUAAUAAUAUAAUGAUCACUUUUUGAUGAAUUUUGUGUAUGGAUUUCGGCGCUUUUUACUUGUGUUUAUAAGAUUUUUGAGCUUAAUGUAUGCACUUGACGUAGAAACAGUUUUGUAUGGCGUCAGAACGCAGUGUCUUAUAAUAAUUUAUUAUAUUUUACGCUACAUCACUUCUGUGGUGUUUUAUGUUCCAUACAAUAUUAUACAGGAAGAAAUUUUUUUUAGUGCGGAUAUUUUUAUAUUUUGUACAUAAACAAAAUUUAAUGAUCACGAAUUUUUUCUUUUUUUUUUAACUCAAAAAUAACAAAAUUAUCGUUAGCUAAAGUUAUUUACUUUUGAACAGAAUUUUAGGGUCACCCUAUUGUGCGUUUAUUUUAUUUUCGUUUGAUACCUAAAGGACGUCACCAGAUCACUUUUAAGCUGAAUAUAUCUUGUUUAGUAAUAAUAUGUACAUUAUUUUGUUAUUUUAGAGACAUAAAUUAAAAAAAAAAUUACAUAAAAUGUAUCGAACUGUUUGUAGAUUUUUAUUCUAUUAAUGAUACAGAACCACGAAAAAAAAUAUCCGCACUAAAGACCGAAUCACCCUGUAUAUGGCAAAAUUAUUGUUUGCCGAAACAAAAAUUCUAUAAAACAGAACAAAAAAGGAUUCUAUAACCAAAAAAUGUAUCUCACAGUACAGAUAUUUAUUUUCAUCUCACAUCGAAAAAUUGCAACGCGUCCUGCAACACUGUUUUUUUUGUAUAACCCUAGUCUUUAUAUUGGAAAUUUAAUGACCUAUUUGUAUAAUAUAAUAAAUCUAUUAAGGCGGUCUAUACGUUCCUUGACAACUCUGCAUUGGCAUGACAACACAUUAUCUUGAGAUACAGUGUUUAGUACUACAAAAAACUGGUAUUUAAAUAAUUUUAUUAAGACUCAAAAAUACCCUAAAAAGGAUGUUUUUAAGAUAUAGUGUUUUGUCAUGACACGGCAGUAUACUGGAAUUUCAAUAUUUUUCAAGACUUAAUAAUACUGAAAAGUGCAUUAAUAAUGUAGGUACAUUAUAUCUCGAAAAUAUUAGUGAUCUAAAACAUGUGAUUUCUCAAAAUUUGUUGUUUUUUAGAUUUUUUUAAACAACGUUUCUAUGUAACCUAUUGACAGACUACCAAUAGAAGUUAAAGAAAUCGGUCGUUAAAUAAUAUUUACGAUUAUACAACAUUCUCAAUACAUUUAACUGCCAUCUUUAUAGCUUUCUGUUUGAUUGAAAAGUAAAAUCGUGGGCUCUUAAUAAUUUGUGGUUGUAUAUUGCUGUAUUUCGAUAAGUCAGUUAUGAGUUUAUCAAGACAUACCUGAUGUAACUAGUAAUUUUUCACUAACGAUUUUUUGUGUCAUCCCGCUGUUUUUACUAUAGCUAUGAUAAUUAGGUACAUUUUACUCUGAUGAGUUUAUUGCAAUUAGGAAUGUAAAGAGUUGUAAGUAAAAUCAAUUGGAUUCCCUUUAGGGAUAGAAACUGUGAUUGAAUUUUGUAGGGCUGUAAACAGCAACGAAAUUUUAUACGAAACGCGUAUAUUUUUUUUGGCGCGUCUAAUUACUGUUGACAACUUGAUUUUUAAACUUCAUUCACCCAGUUAUUUCUUGUAAACAAAAUAAGUAGUGCUUAUGUUACCAGCAAUAUGUAUAGUUUUGGUAUUCUAUACAAUGCCUAGCUAGGUAAUGUAGCAAUGGCGGGGGCUCGAAUCCUGUCCGGGGCAUGCACCUCCAACUUUGUAGUUGGAGUAGCAUGUGUCUCAAACGGUGAAGGAAAACAUCGUGAGAAAACCUGCGUACCAGAGAAUUUUCUUGAUUGUAUGCGUGUGUGAAGUCUGCCAAUCCACAUUGCGCCAGCGUGGUGGACUAUUGGCCUAACCACUCUCAUUCUGAGAGGAGACUCGAGCUCGGCAGUGAGAAUACGGGUCGAUAAUGAUGAACUGUCUUUACGGCUCUAGGUUCUAGCUUGCUUCACAACAGUUCACAACAACUAAAAUUGAUGAAAUGUCAUAGAUUAAUUAAUAUAACAAACAUAUUUUUAAGACUCAAGCUUUUAAAUGUGGUUUUAACCCCUUUAAGGGGUUUUUUUCUAUGAGUAGGGCAGACAAUACGACAAUACUGCGUGAAGUCGAAAUUACACAAAAGUGAAGAUUAUACAAUGGACUUAUUGCACACUGCGUGAGUUAACUCUCUUUUCUUUUCUAUUAUACAAUAACUAGAUGUAAUGGCCAAACAUUAAUUUCGUUGUCUAGGCAUUGUAUAGAAUAUCGGAUUGUACAGAAUGCUGAUAACAUAUAUUAUUAGUACGAGUUAUCCUUACAUUUUUGCUACUUAUUCAUAUCAGGCAGAUACAAAAUAUAUCCGAGCCAUAUCAUAUUUAUUGUAUGUGCUCUUCGUGUAUUUAAAUUCUUCUGUUUUUGAUGGAUAACAAUAUGAAAUUAAUUUGCUUUUACGGUUUUAUUCCGUCCCUUGAUUAAACUUUGAAACUUUCAUCAUAUCUUAUUUUUUUUUUCAAAAUGAAAAUCUCGCGACGUUUUUUAGAGUUGUCACAGAGUAUACGAAGCUCGGAAGAUACCGUCGAUUUGUGGGCACAAAGAAAAAUUGAUUCAUUGAAUAUUUCGGAUCUGUGAAAGUGAUCUUUUUAUAGUUUUAAUUAAUUAUAUAAAUAAAAUUAGCGCAUAAUUGUAUCGAUCAUAAUAAUUAUACUCAUUUUUUAGUUCGAUUUUCGUAAGCUUUAGUAUAUUUAUUUGUAGUUGGGUAGAUGUUUAUCGGAGUUUUUUUUUUUUACUUUUAGAUUAAAUCGUUUAUUUAUUCUGUGUAAAUUUGUUUAGUUGUUUUAUAAAUGGUUUAUUUGAGGCUACCUGUGUAAAUACCUCUUUGUUUUUAGUAUGUAUUGUAAAGUUUUCCAAAUUUUUGAUUAUGAUUAAAGUAAUCGGUUGGUUGAUUGAGGAACCCUUGAUAAAGAUAUUUCGUCUAAGUGGUCGUAGGAUGAUAGUGACAUUAGUAUGAAAUUAGCACAAUUAAUAACAGUCCCUUGAAAAUGUUGAAAUAUCAAAGUAAAAUCGACCUAGUUUGCGAUGUUUUAAAGUUAAUCCUAAAACACUCCUAUUGGAAAUUAUAUUGGUACAGAAUUUAAUACUUUAAAACAAGGAAUUUAAGGUGUAAUUUACUUUGACCCAAAAAAAAACCUUACAUACAAAUGUUACUCUGGUCCUACAGGAAAGGAUUUCCUUCGAUUUUCUUGAUUAGUAUGAACUUGCAGUUCUUUCUUUAGUAGACUUAACACGCGUAUUCAGGGAUACUUUAUGUUUUAUUGUUUACUGCUUAUACAUUAUUUUUGUAUAGUUACAGUUCUUUUAUUUUAAGAAGAACUUAUAGAUGUGCGUUUGUGUGUUUAAAUUGAAAGUAGGAAAGCAGAAAGAUGUUUAUAAAUCAUCAUUUAUGUGAGUGGUUGCAAAGCAAAGGUAUGUUAAUAGACUGGUUUCUAUAUGGGUAACGCAUUCUCCUAUAUCACAGAAUAGAUAAUGAUCCUGAAUGAGUCUUUACAAGCCUCACGGUGUAGCCGAUUAAACUCAUAAACAAUGAGAACUUUCCGCGCGCGUCUCCUUGACAACCUCAUAAUGUUGUUUUGUAUUUCUAGGUUUAGUACUAACAACAAUUACGUAAAUUUAUAAUAUACUAGAUUGAUAAAAACAAUAUUUACCUAUAAAAAUAUACUCCUAUCUUAUUUCUUGAGUUUUUGUGAGCAGUAUUUAAAACAUACAUCGUCAUUUUUCUUGAAUAAUAUUGGAAACCACUGAUGCGAUGCUUUGUGUCGUACUGACUCUAGAAUGUAUUAGUUCUUGAAUUUGUAUUUAGAAUGGCAUCAGUGUCGUGUUCUGUGCGCUCUAUCUGCCUGCUAUUCUUUAAUCUGAACCUAUAUUACUCGAAAUAGUUUAUGAACGCGUUUCUGCUGUGUUGUUUCUUCAGUUUCACACACAAACGCCAGUACAACCAAACAACCAAAAUCAAACCGUCUCUCGAGAAUAGUUAGAUCUAUAGAAAUUCAAUGCUUCUGUUUUACUAUGUUCGUUUCGGUUUUCUGCAAAAUUUGCCCUGAGUACAAUUAAAUUUUGAUGUUUAUUUGAUUUUUAUUGAGUGAUAUGUUGCAUUUAAUGGUGCCAUUACAAAAUGGCGAAUGUAUGUGAUGAGUUUAGAGCCUGCAAAGUUAAAAUUAAAUGAUUGUAUAAGAAAUACAAAAAUAAAUUGUAUAAUUGAAUUUUUUGUAAAUCAGUUUCUGUUUUAAAUAUUUAUUUAAAAUAUAUAACUGCAUAUAAUUUGCGCAGGUGUCGCAUGUUAUUAAAUGUAUUUAAACGGGCCCAUAUUUCCGAUGGUCGCUUUAGAAAUUAAUAAAUAAAAUGUAUUAAAAAUUAAAUAAAUGUAAGUUAAUAAAAAUAUAAAACGCAGGCAUAAAUUAAAGCAAUACUUGAAGGAGAUUAAAUACAGAGUAUUUAAAUAAAUAAAAUGUUAUUAACUAUAAUAUAUAAUUGUCAAUAUAAUUUAUAAUUAUUUAAAUUUGAACAUUAAAUGUUUAGUAUAGCUUGACCAGUCAGUAAAAAAAUUCGCUAUGUUGCGGCAAAAUAAAGUAUAAUUUUUUUUCUACUAAAGUUUGGCUAAUAAAAGUAGAGACUUAUAUCGGGUAAUUUAAAAAAAUAAAUCCCAAACUUAUAGUGCAAAUUUAUUCAUUUAUGUAUUUUACAAAGGAAAUGUUAUGAAUGAAACUACACAAUCUUUAUUAACUGUCCAGCCACUUACAGGUAGGUAUACAGCGGUCAAAAAAAAAUUAAAAUAUAGGAAUAUUAAUUUUUUUUAUAUAGGUACUAAUGUUUUCAGACAUAUACGUUUUUUUUUAUUUUGCCGGACGAUUUUAGUCUACUUUCUAAGCCAAGCCGCUGUUUGUCAAGUGUGCCUCUAAACUGUGCACAGAAUCAUAGACAUAAACUAAUAGAUGCAUAAUGCAUUGAUAGCAUCUGACGCAUUCUCUCAAAAAGAGACUUUUGCAUGGACUCCAUAAAGGAACGAGACAAUGAGAUUCGAUAUUUGGUGCCAUGACGCGUGCCCGUUUUAUUUGUCGUGAUAACUUCUUAUGAAAGGGUAAACCGCUUUGCAACGUAACGCGUUACGGCGACAACUCUGACUUCCUUUUUUCACGUAUAUCUAUGGCAGCAGAAUUUUAAAAAUAAAUUACUACUUGUUGUAUGCAGCAUUACCAGCUUAAAAUAUAUUAGUGAAAGAAUGGUUUAGUGUAGUGAUGUGAAAAUGACGUCAAAACCGAAUAAGUUUUGAAACUUAACGGCACGCUAAUCGGUUGUCUAUUUAUUUUCUGGCUACGUAGACUGCUUUAUCGUACUUGUUUCGCCUAAUCCAGGAUUUUUAUAUUUCCGGUCAGACUAUACUUUACACGAGUAUGUUAGCGAAAUAAUAUUAUCAUUGUUAAAUUUUAAAUUAUUUUUUAUCUGUACAAAUAAUCUCAUUUAUUAAUGUAAUUCUAUUGAAGUGAGUUGUUUAAACUAUUUUCUUUUGUUUGUAUAAUAACUCGUAUUAAGUGCUCGAUGUAGAUCGAUUAGUUUUAUGCACUUUUUGUACCUAUUUAGUGUAAGCUUAGGAUCUGCCUUAUAUUUACAGCAGUAAGGGUGAGUUUCCAAAGAAUUUUAGACUAAGCGGAAUAGGGUGAAACGAAUCUAUAUACUUAUAUACUAUCUAUAGUCUAUACUUAUGUAUUAAUAUUAUAAACUGGAAAAGUGUGUGUAUUUAAACGCGUUUAUCUCUGCUUAUCUUUUGUUCUUGUUGAUUCAUGAAGAGUGAUAUAGGUUAUUUAAGAUUAUGAUAUAUAAAUAGAAAUAUUUAUACUAUAUUUUAUAAUAUAUUACAAAUAUUCACGGUAUCUAUCUCACACUUCAGUGCAUUCUCAUCCUAAAGAGUAAGUUGAGUAUUAAGAAAGUACACUAUGUACAGCAAUGUCAUAUUGACGACAUCGAUCAUUUCGAUAUAAUAUGGGUGAACCGAAAUAUGGAUAUCGCCGAUAUCUUUCUUUUGGUAUCGAUAUUGUAUCAUGAUACACGAUAUUGUAUACUUACUAAUAUAACUUGAUUCCACUAUUUCUGUUGAUGUUUCAUUUCGCUCUGCUCUGCUUAUCUGUGUUUCAGUGGAAACUCUCUCUAAGGCGUGUUUUGUACAAUGUUAUUUAUAAAGGAACAAAGGUAGCGUGGUAACGUAACGGUAAAGGUUAGGUAACAAAUGUAGUAAGUUCGGAAAAUGGGUCUCAAAUUAGCGACUAAGUCGAGGCAAUGUGAUAGGCUGAAUGAUGUUCAGACAGUGUGUCAAAUAUUCACUGUAGUGAAUUGCGUAUAUUACCUAUAGUAUAUUGUAUAUGUGUGGUAUAUAAUAUCGGUAUCGCAUAGUAUAUAUAUUGUAUACUAUACUAUACAGAUAUAUAUCUUUUAGGCUUUUUCUCAUACCACUUUGAGAAAGAGAUUUACGAGUUGCUAAUAUAUUAUGGUUAUGGAUAUCCGAUAAAGUGAAGCUUAAAACUUAUGAAACAAAAGAUUUAUCCACCAAAGAUUUUGAUGUUAUUAAUUUAUUACUUUUCUUGGCGUAUUUAUUGUUUUUGUUUUUUCAGGUAUAAAGUGAUUAAUUUGUUGUCAGUAAUUUGUUUACAACUCGUGAAUGAAUUUUAAAAUAUGCAGUACCUACUAUUUAAAAAAAUGUUUUAUUAAAAAAAAAUCCAUUAGUUUGGCAUCCUGACCAAAUACUGCAAAUAUUAUUAACAAAAUUCUUUGCUACAAUGAAUGUUUGACACAGUUCGCGUAGUAUAGUUAACGCCGUGGGUGCCAAUUCUUAAAUUGCUCGAAAAAAUCCAAUAAUAAAAUAUUUAUUUGAUGAUGAAAAGUGUAUGCAAUUGUUUUUGAUAGGAAUAGUGUAGCAUUCGAGGCUGAGUAAGCGGUUAUUAAGUUUUCGUCCACUACACAGGACAAGGCAUCGGUGAUAUUUCAUUUUAUUCAUAAACAUUGACCUCUUAUAAGAAAAGGACGCACAAUUAUGUAGAAAACGUCACUUAAAAACUGGCCAAUUUUGCUUUGGCAGUUUUAGAAUUAUUGGUAAAGAAAAUUAUACCUAAAGGCCUUUAAAUAUAGUCCAAUAAUCAAUAAAAUCCUAAAUUCAGAGCAAAUUCAACCUUAAGGAUUGAUUUUAAGGUUGAAUUUGCAAAUUCGACUACUUGAACUGAGUGCCAAGAUGUUGUGUUUGGCACUAAUUGAUUGUGCAUCCACUUUUUAAUAGGAGAUCGAUGUUCAUAAACUAAAACGAAACGUUUGACUGUUUACGGUGACGUUGUCCAGUGCAGUGGGCGAACACCUUUAUAGUUAGUUGUAUGUUACGAAUUUUAAAGGUAUGUUACGUCAUUUUACACUCAUGUUAAUGUAUGCUAGAGUGUUGACAAUAUCUUUUGUAAUUCCUCUAUAUUUUGUAUACAGCCCAAUAUUUAUUGUACAGUGUAAUAAAAUACCAUGCAUGUA